AUGUGUCGCUUUUUGAAGCAUUUAAAACCUUUAACUGUGAUGACAUUCGCAGUCUUCGCAUUGCCCUGGAGGUUUACCAGAGGGUGGGUACUCUGUGAGCUGUGCAUAUAUUCAGGAAUGGCGCCCCCCGGACUGAUAUACACGAGCCGCGCGGACACCGGCGGGAUCCAGGAGACGGCGCAGGACGACACGGUGUACGUGUCGAGACUGUACUCGGAGUCCCUGCUGUCGAAGAGGAACGAGGUGUCUCUCAGCGCGAUGUGCUUCCUCUACCAAGGGAUCAUUGCACACUUUCACAAGCGGUCGAAGACGCUGCAGGAGUUUGAGGGCAUGUUGAGCGAGUUUGGUGCCAAGAUCGGCCUUCGGUUGCUCGAACUUCUGAACUUCAGAUCCUCGAUCUCGCCGACCUCGGCGUCUGCGGCAUCUGCGGCGAAUACGGCAAGAAGCAACGUGUACUCCAGCAAUAUCUCCACACCGAACCUCACGAAACCAAGUGCGAAUAGUGUCGCUGUGAGGGAUAGCGCAAACUUAUCGGACCCACAAUUGGACCACUCUAGUAGCAGCAUGUCCGCUGCGACUCCGGUGACUCAAGAGAAACGCACUUCUAAUACUACAGCGAACACAGCGUCAACAGUGGCCACGGGCACAACGACGCCGCAUAACAAGAACGAGUACCUGUCGGAACACAUCACGAAGAUGAAACGCCGGGAUUUGAAGAUUCUAGAUAUUUUACAGUUCAUUCACAGCACACUAUGGUCGUACCUGUUCCGCCACGUCUCUGACGAUUUGGUGAAGUCCUCGGAGAGGAGCAAUGAGUUCAUGAUCAUCGACAACAACCCAAUUCUGACGCAGUUCAUCAAUCCAUCGUUCAAUCACAACGGCUCUUGCGACUACUUCGUGUGCGGGAUCAUCAGCGGGUUCCUCAACAAUGCGGGAUUUCCCUGCGACGUCACGGCACACCCGGUCCCCCAGGGCGAGUUUGAGAGAAGAACGGUGUUCCUCAUCAAGUUCAACGACCAAGUGGUCGAAAGGGAAACUUUGCGGUACGGCUGA